GAAUGGCCCUGGCCUUGUCGGGUGGAAGGUGAAGAGUUAAUGGCUCCGCGCGCAGGCACUGCCCUCUGAACUGGAACAAAAAGCAACUUCCGGUUGGAGUCACUCGGCCAGGCGCCGGCGACCUGAGGGGAGAGGGAGCGCAGCUGAAACCGUGAACUCUGAGAUGCUUUUGACAAGUUAUAAUCAGGGAGAGAUGGUAGUAAAGGAAGUGAAGAAGCAACGUGAAAUUGAAGGAAAAGAAAAUGACCUGCCUCCUUACCGCGGUUGGAAUACACACCCAAACGAGAGACCUGUCAUUUACUCCAUCCUUUAUAGUGAUGCUACAGGACGAAGAGGAAUGGAUAAAAACAUUGGCGAGCAACUCAAUAAAGCAUAUGAAGCCUUCCGGCAGGCAUGCAUGGAUAGAGAUUCUGCAGUAAAAGAAUUACAGCAAAAGACUGAGAACUAUGAGCAGAGAAUACGUGAACAACAGGAACAGCUGUCACUUCAACAAACUAUUAUUGACAAGCUAAAAUCUCAGUUACUUCUUGUGAAUUCCACUCAAGAUAACAGUUAUGGCUGUGUUCCUCUGCUUGAAGACAGUGAAACAAGAAAGAAUAAUUUGACUGUUGAUCAGCCACAUGAUAAAGUGAUUUCAGGAAUAGCAAGAGAAAAACUACCAAAGGUAAGAAGACAAGAGGUUUCUUCUCCUAGAAAAGAAACUUCAGCAAGGAGUCUUGGCAGUCCUUUGCUCCAUGAAAGGGGUAAUAUAGAGAAGACUUUCUGGGAUCUGAAAGAAGAAUUUCAUAGAAUAUGCAUGCUAGCAAAAGCACAGAAAGACCACUUAAGCAAACUUAAUAUACCAGACACAGCAACUGAAACACAGUGCUCUGUGCCUAUACAGUGUACGGAUAAAACAGAUAAACAAGAAGCGCUGUUUAAGCCUCAGGCUAAAGAUGAUAUAAAUAGAGGUGCACCAUCCAUCACAUCUGUCACACCAAGAGGACUGUGCAGAGAUGAAGAAGACACCUCUUUUGAAUCACUUUCUAAAUUCAAUGUCAAGUUUCCACCUAUGGACAAUGACUCAACUUUCUUACAUAGCACUCCAGAGAGACCCGGCAUCCUUAGUCCUGCCACGUCUGAGGCAAUGUGCCAAGAGAAAUUUAAUAUGGAGUUCAGAGACAACCCAGGGAACUUUGUUAAAACAGAAGAAACUUUAUUUGAAAUUCAGGGAAUUGACCCCAUAGCUUCAGCUAUACAAAACCUUAAAACAACUGACAAAACAAAGCCCUCAAAUCUUGUAAACACUUGUAUCAGGACAACUCUGGAUAGAGCUGCGUGUUUGCCACCUGGAGACCAUAAUGCAUUAUAUGUAAAUACUUUCCCACUUCUGGACCCAUCUGAUGCACCUUUUCCCUCACUCGAUUCCCCGGGAAAAGCUGUCCGAGGACCACAGCAGCCCAUUUGGAAGCCCUUUCCUAAUCAAGACAGUGACUCGGUGGUACUAAGUGGCACAGACUCAGAACUGCAUAUACCUCGAGUAUGUGAAUUCUGUCAAGCAGUUUUCCCACCAUCCAUUACAUCCAGGGGGGAUUUCCUUCGGCAUCUUAAUUCACACUUCAAUGGAGAGACUUAAGACACAUUUGAAAACAGACAUAUCAAGUUCUAUGUGGUGAUUUUGGGUUUUUAAUACUAUAAAUACUUGAUUGUAAACUAAAUUCAAGAUCAUUUAUAGGAAAAUCUAGUUUCACAGCUAUUUGAAUUUUUUUCUGGAUUUACUGUAUAACUCUUACUUUUUAAAAGAUCAUUCUGUUCUUUCAAGGAGAAAUAAGCCUAAAAGAAGAAAAACAAAAAUUCUGUAUAAAACUAAUCCUUUGUAUUCAUGUUUACAGUGCUAUUACUGUAAUUCAAAAUUAUGUAUGUGACUUACAGAGUUAUAUAAUCAUAAUUUAUGUUUAUUUCAAAUAUCUAAGUUUAUUGCUUGGAUUUCUAGUGAGAGCUGUUGAAUUUGGUGAUGUCAAAUGUUUCUAGGGUUUUUUUUAGUUUUUUAUUGAAAAAUUUAAUUAUUUAUGCUAUAGGUGAUAUUCUCUUUAAAUAAACCUAUAAUAGAAAAUAGCAGACAACAUAAACAUCUUUGUAAAUAUCAAACCUAAUACAUUUCUUGUCCAGUGAUAAAACAACUGGUAGAAUUAAACACUUUAGAUUUUUAAAUAAUAUACAUGGCUUUAAUUUUUACUAUGUGUAUAGCUACAUGAUGAAAUUAAUUAAAUAUUAAGAGGUA